AUGCCUCCGUCUCUGAGAGAACAGUCCUCCUCCUUUGCCCGACCAUCCACACGCGACCGCCCGGCCACCCGCGACCAGGGUGAAAACUCGCUAGUCGUUCCUAGUCGCACCUCCUCGCUUCAUUCCCGCAUCACCCAGCCGAUCCCGUCACAGAUGAACGCGAAACCGGCCCAGCGAACGCCAAAAACCUUGACCCAUGCUUACAUGGUCUGUGGCGUGGGCCGCGAACCCUCCCAAUGGGUGAGGGCGCCCGCACCCGAGCAGGGAAAAAUUGGCCAUAUGAAAGGUGCCGUGGGUCAGUUUUGGUUGCCGGAGAUCCUGGGUAGCAGCCCCCGGUUGGAACAGGAUAAUGAGAUUGCUAAGUCUUUGCACUCGGCAAUGAGGGCAUGUUUCCCCCACGACGUUGAGAUCUGCACAAGCAAGACCCAGCCUCAUUGCGUACACCAUGCUUUCGUUCUGCAGCAAGACUCCUCCCACACCCUCUACGGUAUCGCUCUGCGGGUGUGGUCAAGGGCCGAUGAAAAGCGCGCAGAGACCAUUCGCGAGCUGCGCAAAAAGACCGAGCCGGACUUCUACGAUAACCCCGAGGAGACCUACUGGAUCCCGUAUUGCUUAAGCUUUUUGUCGAGAUACCCGCUGUACGACCUGUUGGGUGAUUACCUACGAGGCAUGUGGAUUCACUGGAACAAGGCCACAAACUUGUUCCACGCCGAGGAGGUGUCCCGAAUCCUCAGCUUCCCCGCGCCCCGCCUUAACGACCUAGUUCGCAUUGAUAUGAAGGAUUAUGCCUUGUGCUACCAAUUUCCGUCAUCCCCUACGGGGUUCCAGAACUUUGCCAUGUGGCCCCUGUUCAAUUGUUUGUCGAUUCCGAACAUCGUUGGGGUUAUUGAGGCUGCUGUGUCACCCACUCGUCGCAUAAUUUUCGUCAGCCAUUACUCCGCCAUGCUGACUAUUGCUGCUGAGACUAUUCGGUACUGCGUUCGAGUCUAUGAAUGGAGUGGGCUGUAUGUCCCAGUGGUCCACGCCCGUCACAUCAAAGACCUGGUUCAGGAGCCUGGGCCUUACAUUCUUGGUGUUACGGCGGAGUGCCGGACAUUGUUUAACGCACCAAACGACGCUCUGGUUGUGGACCUUGACCGGAACUUCGUGCUCACUUCCAGCCCACCAAACGUUCUGACGCCAGGACAACGUACCAAAUUUAUCAACCGCUUGACACAAGCUUUGAACGGCGAUGUCUCCCCAUCAGGUGUGCCGAACCACCUCCGGUCGGCAUACGCUGGUGGUAAGCUCAUCCCCGCUGGUCAGAUCAUUGUGAUGAGGGGAGAGGUUGAGAGCAUCCAGGAUCCCCAAUGGUGGAACCAGGAUGCUGUGAUGGGCGUCAUGGACCAUGUAUGUGAGAAGCUGGGUCGUAACACUGGCGUUAAGGCCAUUUUCGGCGGCUCUGUCAAGAAGCCUCUGAUGACCAAGGUGUCCACCCGUCAUCUCAACGAGAUUGUGCGCGAGCGAAACCAAUACUCCCGCGAUGCUAUGGAGGCUUGGCAGGAUUUCAUUAACCUGAAGGGUCGCAUGGACACUGAGCUGAGCAAGGUUACUAAGCGCAACAACUUCUUGGUUGAGGAGUUGGAGACCUGGAAGCAGCAGUUCCUCAAAUUCCAGGCCUUCGCAGAGCAGCUCACCAAGGAGACCUCCGAACUCAAGGUCAAGAUUGAGAAUCAUAAGCGUGAGAAUCGUCGCCUCACUGGCCUCAUUGACCAGCAGAAGGAUGAUGUGGCCCGCCUUACUCUUCGUUUGUCUGGCACUGAGAAGCAGCGCGACGACGCUCUUGAAGCGUUGGUUCUUCAACAGGAGAUUGCAGAGGAACUGGAGCGCGAGCGCAAGCGGAACCAGCAGGAGCUGUCAUCCCUGCAACACAGUAAUAAAUCUCUGGCUCGGCAGCGUGAUGAGGCUCAACGGGUGGUUUUGCAUCUCCGUAGCCUCAUCAACGGUCAAACUCACCAUAUGGAGCACAUCAUUCGCUCCAUCGGUAGCGAGGUCGAUAUCUCUGAGUUGGCAGAACAAGAGGCGGCCGAGGAAAGCAAAGAAUUCAAGGAAAGCAAGGCAGCCGAACCGACACUGGCACCGACACCCAAGCCUCGGAGACAAUCGAGCACUCCUCGUCUAGACGAUAACCGUGCGUCCAGGGUCAUGAAGGACAUGAGCCCCGAACUGGAGCAGCAUCUCCUAAACAUCGGUAAUGGGCACAACCGCUCUCUCGCUCGUCUAAGCAUAACUGAUGUUGCAGAUCGCUACCUGCGGGACAAGACCGACGCGAUCUCCGACAUCAUCCGCAGCAUCAGCGAACAGUGCGCUGCUGCCGUGGAGGGCCUGCAUUUGGCCCAGGAUGCGGAGGAUGAUGACUCAGACGAGUCCAGCAAGACACUGAAUGGAAACAGACUGGCCCCUGAGGAUCAGUCCUCAAUUCGCGAGGGCAGCGAAAUGGGCGACGUGGAUAACUCCCUUCACGCCCACCGGGCCUCCAGUGUUCCUCCCACACCAGACUUGGUACAUAACCGGUCGAGUACCUCAAUGUCCAUGGUGAGCUAUUCAACCUUUCCGGAAAGGUCGAGCCAACAGUAUGGACCAGGUGAGGUGCCCACCAGGAUAGUUGAGGAUGAUGAUGAGCACAGCCAUGAGACCGAUGGUCUUGAUGACCAGACCGAGACCGGAACUCUGUCUAAGCAGACCAGCGAGGAUCUCAUGCGGUCGAGCACUUCCCGGCUGGUCGCUUAA